AUCUCUUCAUUCAUUCUUCAUAAAUUCAUUUCCAACACUCUCUUCAUUCAUUCAUUUCCUCUUCCAUUAUUAUUCAUUCACAUCACAAACACAAACACAACACAAUCUUCAUUAGACCCCACAAAACAAAAACAUCAUCGGAGAAACAAAAACAAAAACAAAAUGAAACUUGUCUGGUCCCCUGAAACAGCAUCAAAAGCAUACAUAGAAACAGUACAAAAAUGCAAACUUUCACGUGGAUCAGGAGUACCAGAGCUAAUUUCAGCCAUGGCAGCAGGUUGGAAAGCAAAACUAAUACUCGAAACAUGGUCAUCAUCAGAAGAAGGAGGAGGUGUAAUAGAAACAAGUAUAGGUUUAUCAAUAGCAAGAAAACACACGUGUGGUAGACACGUGUGUAUUGUCCCAAACGAGAAAUCAAAAUUGGAAUACUCACAAAAAAUGGGCGAAUCAAUAACAUCAACAGAAAUCAUUGUAGGUGAAGCAGAGGAAAUAAUGAAAGAUUUAAUUGAAGAGAUUGAUUUCAUGGUUGUUGAUUGUAAGAUAAUUAGAGAUUUUGUUAGGGUUUUGAAAGUGGCUAAGUUAAGUGUUAAUGGUGCGGUUUUGGUUUGUAAAAAUGCGAGUUUGAGAAGUGGGAAUUUUAAAUGGGAAAAUGUUGUUCUUGUUGAAGAAGAAUCACGGCGAGUUGUUAGAUCGGUUUUUCUUCCGGUAGGGAUGGGAGUUGAUAUAGCACAUGUUUCUGCUGUUGGGGGUAAUUUGGGAAAAGAUGGUUCUGGUCGGAGAAAUAAAAGAUGGAUUAAGCAUGUUGAUCAACGAUCUGGGGAGAUGCAUGUUAUUAGAAGAUGAAUUAUUAAUUAAUUAGUUAAGUUAGUUAGUUAGUUAAUGGAUUAUAGUUAGUUUUUGGUUCUGUUUUUUUUAUUUGCUUUUUGUAUUGCUUUUGUUUUGAUAUAAAAGGUUUUGUAUUUUUCGUAAAUAUACUGACAGAUUAUAUUAGUUUGUA